GCAAAUCAUUUCCAAGGCUGUGUCAUCUCCCCCUCAUUGUCCGAAUCUACCAUCAAACUCGAAAAGCUCUCAAAGACAUCACUAUGUCCAAAUCACGUCCAUUUCCAGCCGUCACCGGGGGUUGUUUCUGCGGUCUCGUCCGCUAUCGUCUUGAGACCGCCCCGCUAUUUUGCCAUGCUUGCCACUGCGCGGACUGCCACAAGUCCUCCGGAUCUGUCUUCGCCUGCUUCGCGACCAUCGAAGCUGACCGUGUAACUUCUAUCGGCUCCAUGCCUCCCAAGUUCGCCACCACUGUCCGGAGGGAUGGCGUCGCCAGGCACAACGCUUUCUGCCCCAAAUGCGGGACCCAACUGUGGGGGAAUGGUGACUGGAGCCCCGCCACUAUCGAUAUCAGAGUGGGCUCACUCGAUAUUCCGGGGCUCAUGGAACCUGAUCUCCAUGAGUUCAUCGAGAGUAAGGUUGAUUGGGUGAUCCUUCCUGAAGGAGCGAAGACGUGUAAGGGCGGGUAUGAGAUAAAAGACUACUGGCCGAAGAGCAGUCUCAAGAGGCUUGAUGCUGCUAUGUCGAGAUACGAGGAAAGAUUGAAGCUGAGCAAAGCGGCUGCGAGUGGAGCUGGGGAAGAUGAAGAUGAGAAAGAGGCGGACAAGACGCCGACUGCGCAAUCGCCGGAAGAGAAAGAAGAUGACGAGGAGUUUGAGAAGAGGUAUCAAGUGACUGAAAAGGCACUGCAAGAGCGAUUGGAGAAGUUGAGUUUGAAGUUGAAUGAGCAGGAAGUGGCGUAGCAAGGCGAUCUUGGCUCUACUCAACUGGCGAAUAGCAAGGAAUCCUGGAGAGACGGAAAAUAGCUCAAACGCACGAUCCGCACAGCGCAGAACCCUUUCGGUCACUAUAAGUAUAGAAGCAUCCUAGGUACGACUCUGGCCAGUCUUGAUCGCACUAUUCAUCGUAGGGUGCCCAGCGGGCACCUCGUACCGUGGCACAACUCAGUAAAGGAUGUUGAGAGGAAUUAUAGGAAGGGUGAGCGGUGGGACACGAUUAAGGGAUGUUGGAGACAGUGAGAGCUUCCUAAGACAUGGAGAGUGGGAAGUACCAGCAGAUUACAAAUACAAAACUGCGUGUAUUUCUAAGCGACUACCACGAACUUCACAGUC